UUUUGCCCCACCACCACCUCCUCCUCUAUCCUCUCCCCCUUAAGAACCUCUCCCCUUCGUUGCCUUGGAUCUCUCCCCUAAGAACCCAAACGCUCUCUUCUCCCCCACUUCCACACUUUCCAUCUCUCUCUCUCUCUUAUGAAAGAGAGAGCUUCUCUUUAUCAUUCCUUCAUCUCCAUUCCUCUCUUCUACUUCCUUUCUUUCCUUCUCAUGGCUCUCCUCACUUUCGUCCCUCAGGAGCCCACUCCCUCCCCCUCCAAACGCAAGCAAACCCACCGAAAACAACACCCCGAGCAGCCGCACAAGCCGAGCCCAAAGCCGACCGAGAAUAAGCCUGCCAAGCAGCCCUCCUCAUGGGACCAGUUCAAGAACCUCCUCACUUGCAAGCAAGUUGAGGGAACCCGAGUCCACGACCCCUCCAAGCCUGCCAACCACCCACCCGGCAAGCUCGGCUCAUCAUGCAGCUCCAUAUGCAGCUUCCGGGAUGUCGUGCACGGCAACACCCGUGUCGUCCACCGAGCCGACAGCUCCUCCCCCGAGAGCAGCUCGCUGGGACAGGAGACAGGCUUGCUCAGCCGCAAGGCCUGCGGCAACGGGUCAUCCUCGUCCCGGUCACUCUCCGGGUCCACAGCCAAGUCACACCAUGGCGGGCCCGCCAGCGGCACCGGUCACAGUUCGUCUCGCGGCAUGCAGUUCAGGAAGCUCUCCGGGUGUUAUGAGUGCCGCAUGAUCGUCGAUCCCAGCAGGUACCCGUAUACACCACGAGCCACCAUAUGCGCCUGUUCUCAGUGCGGGGAGGUCUUCCCGAAGAUCGAGAGCUUGGAGCUUCACCAAGCUGUUCGUCAUGCUGUAUCGGAGCUGGGCCCGGAGGAUUCGGGCCGGAACAUCGUCGAGAUCAUCUUCAAGUCCAGCUGGCUCAAGAAGGACAACCCGAUCUGCAAGAUCGAACGCAUACUCAAGGUCCACAACACCCAGCGCACCAUCCAACGGUUUGAGGACUGCCGGGACGCCGUGAAGAACCGCGCCCUCGCCAGCGCCCGGAAGAACCCCCGGUGCGCCGCCGACGGGAACGAGCUGCUCCGGUUCCAUUGCACCACCCUCGCGUGCUCCCUUGGCCACCGCGGCUCCACCAGCCUCUGCGGCUCCGUCCCCGCGUGCGGCGUCUGCACCGUCAUCAGGCACGGCUUCCAGGGCAAGUCAGCCUCGGGAGGCGGCGUGAGGACAACAGCCAGCAGCGGGAGAGCACACGACUCACUGCGGUGCACGGACGGGAGGAGGGCCAUGCUAGUGUGCCGGGUGAUAGCAGGAAGGCUGAAGAGAACGGCCGCAGAUGAUGCAGUGGGGACGACGCCGGAGGAGAAUGGCGGCGUGUCAGCCGGCUCGUACGACUCCGUGGCUGGUUACGCUGGGAUGUACUCCAGUCUCGAGGAGCUGCUCGUCUUCAACCCCAGGGCCAUACUCCCAUGCUUCGUAGUGAUUUACAAGGCACUAGAAUCGUAGUUAGAUUAAUAAUUAAAUUAUUAAUAAAGUUUAGCGGGGGUAGUAAUCAUAUAUUCUUGCAAACCUUUUUUUCUUUUUUGCUUGAUUCUCGACAUUAGUUUAGUGUCAAAAUUAAGUGGGCUAAUUAAGUGUGGAUUAGCUUAUAAUUCUGCUGACAAAUGUGUGUGGGUUUCUGUACAUAUAUGAGAGAGAGCUUGCUUGAUGUGUGGAGUUCAGAUUUUUCCGUCACGCUUGAUUAUUUCAGCCGAUGUUGAGAGGAUU